AUGCGCGCGUUAAUCGACUCGGCGUCGCAAAUUAGUGCCGUAACGACUGCAUGUGUUGACCGUUUAAAACUGAAAUGUACACGGUGGACAUCUCCGGUGACCGGGUUAGGCGGCGUUCCCGUUGUAAACGUGCAAGGGCGCGUUGAGUUUUCCGUUCAGCCUCGGUUCGCGGUCGAACCAGUAUUAGCUGUACACGCGUGGGUCCUACCGUCAAUCACGGCCGACUUGCCGCGCACUACGUUGCCAUCUACUAUGAAAGAUAGGUUUUCAGAUCUGGCGUUAGCCGACCCCACAUUUAACGUCGCCGCGCCUAUUGAUAUAUUGUUGGGGGGUGAUAUGUACCCGUCCAUAAUGAACGGUAAAAAAAUAAUUGUCGAUGAUAGUCUACCGGCCGCAUUUAGCUCCAUUUUCGGUUGGGUACUAAUUGGUCCGGUAUCUAAUAAUAAAAUAGGCCCCGUCCACUCACUGCCCGUUUCUCUUACCGCGUCCAUCGAAGGGUUAAUGGAAAAAUUCUGGCAUGUGGAAGAGCCGGUCGCGGCGCCCGACAAUUUUACUGAUGAGGGGAGAUGCGAAUCUAUUUUUCGCGAACAAUUCAUACGUCUACCAUCAGGUCGUUUUUCAGUACCACUACCGUUUCGUGUAUCCGUAUCCGACAGCACUUUCGCCGGGUCGCGGGAUACCGCCGUAAGACGUUUCGAGUCUUUAGAACGUAAGUUGUCGGGGGACCGCAAACUCCGAGAACUGUAUGUUAAUUUUAUGCGCGACUACAUAUCAUUAGGUCAUAUGUCGAUCGCCACGUCACCGGGCACGUAUUAUAUUCCCCACCACGCCGUGUAUCGGCCUGAAAUUGAUAAUAAUAAAUUACGUGUCGUGUUCGAUGCAUCAGCGGGUAACCCCCGCGGGCCAUCGUUAAAUAGUUGCUUAUCACCUGGUCCAAAAUUGCAACAAGAUAUUGUCGACAUUAUCACGCGGUUCCGAUUAUACCGUCACGCCUUCACGGCUGACAUUGAAAAAAUGUAUCGACAAAUUUCGGUGUUACCAACUUAUCGCAAAUAUCAAUAUAUAGUAUGGCGAGAAUCACCCUAUGAUAAACUGCGUGAUUACGAACUGCGUACCGUAACCUAUGGCGUAAAUUGCGCGCCAUUUCUCGCGUUGCGCGUGUUAAAAGCAAUAGCGGCUGAAGAUUGCGAUAAAUUUGUAUCGGUCCGAGCGGCAUUAGAGCGCCAAACGUACGUCGAUGAUAUUUGUGUCGGGGCGGACACAGAGCAGGAGACUCUCGAACUCCAAUCAAACUUAAUUAUGGUUUUGAAAAUGUCCGGUAUGGAAUUAAAAAAGUGGUCGUCUAAUACGUCAUCUGUUCUAAAUUUAAUUCCGGCCGAUAGUCGCGCGUCGGGACCGCUCCCGUUCGAUACAGGCGAUAGGUAUAGCACGAAGAUGUUAGGGAUCGAGUGGCAUCCGGAUCGCGACAACUUUUGUUGUGCACUUCGUCCUGACCCCACGCCAGUGUUCACUAAAAGGGGCAUAUUGUCAUUAGUAGCGCGCAUCUUUGAUCCGCUAGGCCUUUUUGCGCCCUCAACUUUCCUCGCAAAAUCUAUAAUGCAACGGACAUGGUGUAGUGGGUUAACGUGGGAUGCGCCCCUACCUGAUGAUAUCCACGCGGACUGGGCCGCUUUCGUCGCUGACUUAGCAUCGUUACUUACUAUCCGAGUACCGCGGUACGUAAAUACGCGACAAGGAUCACCGUGCUUAUUAUUAGGGUUCUGCGACGCGUCGCAGCUCGGGUACGCGGCCGUAGCGUACGUGCGUGUCAUUGAUGCCCCGCCGGAUAAAUGUAUUUUUUUACUUGGAGCGAAGACCAAAUUAGCGCCAGUAAAGAAGUUAACUGUGCCGCGCCUAGAACUGAAUGCGGCGGUACUGCUGGCCCGGUGGUUAGGACGUUUGCGUCAUAUUUUAGCGCCGCAAUUAAAUAUAAUCAAUACUCACGCCUGGUCCGACUCGACCAUAGCCUUGUCAUGGUUGACGGUUCCACACGAUUCAUUCAAAACCUAUGUGUCCAAUCGCGUGUAUCAAGUCCACAACAUACUACCCAAUUGCCAGUGGCAUCACAUAGAGUCCUCCAACAACCCAGCCGAUUGCGCGUCGCGGGGCGUCAUGCCGUCGGAACUCGCGCAUUUGUCGCUUUACUGGCAGGGACCACCCGUAAUAUAUUCUGAUGCGUCACUUUGGGAACCCAGUCCUCCGCCGACAAAUAUAUGUGAAUUACCCGAAGCUCGACCAGUUGUUUGCGCCGGCCGUGCCGAUGAUGUGCCCGACGAGUGGUUCGCAUCUUUCUCGUCAUUUGAUCGAUUGAUCCGAGUGACAGCGCGCGUUCUCCGUUUUAUUAGUCACUUUCGCGUAUUUCGUAAACGUAAUUCAUGCCUGCUUCCACCCGCUAAUCUAUACAAUUCGGACGACGGCCGUGUUCCGAAUUUAUCCGUGUAUCUAUCUAAGUUUGAGCUUGACUACGCGACUCGUAUUAUCAUAUUAGAAUCACAACGCGUUCAUUUUGCCGUAUUGCGCCGUGAACUGUCACAUACCGCGCGCGUGUCGUCACGGUCAUUGGCUAAACUGUCACCUUUUAUUGAUGAUAGCGAUUCGGUGAUACGUGUAGGCGGUCGCUUGAAACAUUCCACGUUAACCUACGAGUGUAAGCACCCUAUACUACUGGCAAAAGAGUCGCACUUAGCUAGAUUGAUAGGUGAAAGAUGGCAUCGAUUGACGUGUCAUUCGGGGCCCCGGGUAAUGGCGGCGCUCAUACUACGACAGUAUUGGAUCGUUUCGAUCAGGUCGGUGUUAUAUAAAGUAGUAUCACGUUGUACCGUGUGUGUGCGAUUAAACGCAAAACCAGUUCACCCCUUUAUGGCAGAUUUGCCCGCCUCGCGCGUUCAAUCAUGUAAGCCUUUUGCCCGUGUAGGCAUUGAUUUCGCCGGACCGUUACAAAUGCGUGAACUUGGACUCCGAAAGUCCCGCAUUGUCAAAAUAUACAUAUCUGUAUUUGUUUGUUUCACUGUUAAGGCCGUGCAUCUAGAGGUGGUGUCCGACUUGUCGACGAGCGCGUUCCUGGCCGCGUUCGACCGUUUUGUCGCUCGACGGGGAUUACCUACCGACGUAUACACAGAUUGCGGUACGAAUUUUAUCGGGGCCAAUAAACAGUUACACGCGUUGAUCAACAGUGCGGAUGGUCAAGUAGCCUUAGCUAACGCGCGUACCGCCUGCGAGUGGCAUUUUAAUCCGCCAAGCGCCCCGCACUUCGGAGGCUUGUGGGAGGCGGCGGUUCGUUCAACAAAAAGGUUGUUGACUCGUGUGAUCGGCGUCCACUUGUUUACAUACGAGGAGUUCACAACCGUACUAACACGUAAGAGGCCGUACUGA